GAGCUGUCCGAUCAGCACCACACUGUGCGCGCUGUUUGCGCCAGAAAUAGUUCCGUUGACACAAGCAAGCACAUUAACCGGGCUUACAGUGACCAAGGCACCGGUGAUCGGAUUUUCUGCUAAGAAUUUUCUUCAUUUUGCUCCUCAGACAUGGCGUUACGUUGUAGAAAUAGUUAAACGUGAUGUUUUUUGGCGGGUAAGAGACACUUUUACGCACCAAACUUAGGAGUGGAUUUAGAGCGUGAAGGCAUCAAGUGUUUGGGUUUUCACUUUUCCCGUGACUUUCCUUAACAGCUGCCGAUAUGUUUUCACUUUUGUAUGGAUUGUUGUGCUUUUGUGCGCUGGGUUGCGUUCAACUAACGAGCAGCCAACCGGACGAUGGAAAGCGAUACAUCUGCCGGGCAGUCCCCCUCAGUGGCGAUGCCAGCUGCCCUGUGACGCUGCUACCCGAGCUAAACGCCGGGAGCCAGGAAGAGGAGCUCCGAAAUACUGUCAUGCAGCUCCGAGAGACGAUUUUACAGCAGAAAGAAACAAUUUCCAAACAGAUAGGCACCAUCAACGAGCUGACCACCAAGCUUUCCCUCUGCGCCUCAGCCACCGACGAUAGGAAGUACGAAAAGGGGGCACCCUGGGCCAAAGAGAAGCAAAACACAAUGGGGGAUGUUCCCAAAGAUCCAAAUGACAGCAUUGACAGUCUUGGGAAAACCAUGCAGGGGCUCAAGGACCGUUUAGAGAACUUGGAGCAACAGCAGCUGCGAGCCAAUGUAUCCGGCGCCUCGUUCCCCAGCGAGCUUCGCGACCUGCUGCAGCGCCGGCUCGGGGAGCUGGAGAAGCAGCUCCUGAAGAAAGUCAGCAACCUGGAGGAGGAGAAAAGCAUGCUGUCCAACGCUACGGCCGCCUACAGGCUGAAGACAGAGAGCACGCUCAACGCCCUGGUGGACAGGAUCAGUGAGCUUGAGAAAGGAGGAGGAGACUUCUUGUCCCCAGAGCAGUUUAAGCUGUCCCUCCCCCAGCGGACCAACUACCUGUACGGACGCAUCACCAAGAGCCUGCCAGAGAUGUACGCUUUCACACUCUGCAUGUGGAUCAAGUCCAGCGCCACUCCUGGCAUAGGGACGCCCUUCUCUUAUGGUGUACCAGGGCAGGCGAAUGAGAUUGUGCUAAUCGAAUGGGGCAAUAACCCAAUAGAGUUGCUCAUCAAUGACAAGGUUGCCCAGUUGCCUUUGGAGGUACGUGACGGAAGAUGGCACCAUAUCUGCAUCUCCUGGACCACACGGGACGGCCAGUGGGAAGCUUACCAAGAUGGAGGGAAACUGGGGAGUGGAGACAACCUGGCAGCCUGGCACCCCAUCAAACCCGGGGGGGUCAUCAUCCUGGGACAGGAGCAGGACGUGGUGGGCGGGCGAUUUGAUGCUGGACAGGCCUUCGUGGGCGAGCUGAGUCAGGUGAACAUUUGGGACCGAGUUCUGAAGCCGGUCGAGAUCCAGUCCAUGGCUAACUGCAGUUCUUAUAUCCCCGGCAAUGUAAUCUCCUGGCUGGCAGCCAACGUUGAAGUUUUUGGGCGGGGGGCGUUCAAGCGGCCCUUGGAGAUGUGUCAGGAGCGACUGCCCAAUGCUUAAAACUCAUCUGUCCGCCUCUCUUUAGAUUAGCCGGUGUUUCCAUCCGUUCAGCAUUUUUUAAUGUCUGCUCUUUCUGUGAGGCAGUUUAUGGAGUUAAUGUGAUGUCUGCUCUGCACAGAGAGAUGUUUGACCCAGGUCAAAGGUCAUGUGGAGGCUGAACACCAUCACUGACUGGUGGCUGUUUUAUUUCAAUUGGCAAUCUGGAAGCUAUGUACCAACAUUUCUUUCUUAACCAUGACUAAAGCACUUCAGUCCCCCAAUAUAGCCACCACCAUGGUAAAAGGUGCCCUCAGGUAUAGGAGCUAAGACAUAGUAUACAUCCUCACCCCCACACAGCCUCCCACUCAGCCCUCCCUCUACACUCAAAAGCUUUGAAGUAAUAAUGGAAAUCCACUCUAGUCCGCCACAGACACACGCAAGCACUGCUACUACUACAAGGUCCAGACCAGCUUAUUAGCAUGUGAGUUGUUGCGUGCAGAGUGGGAGUGAGAAAAGAUUAAAGGUCUGGCUAAUGUUAUGUCUAUUCCUUAACUUGGGAAUGGGCUUAGAGCCAUCAUCAAUCACACCUCCGAUCUUGAUGUGUUUAAGGGCAACAUAACUGGAAAAGUAUGAUUCAGCACUUUAUCUGUCAGUUUACUAGCUGGUACUUGGAGUGUGUGCAAUAUUCUCUGGUAGAAGCACAAUUUAGUUUUUCAGCUUUCAUAUAACUUUAGAAGCUUUUUCUUGAUAUACAUAGCUGAUACCAGUGAUACUUUGUGAGUCUAUCACAGUGCUUUCUUUCUUUGCCUUUUCCCAUUUGAACAAAUCCUGUUUAAAUGGAGAAUCAUGUUGGACAUGUAUUCAUAGCUUCAAUGUCGUUUUAAUGUGGUUUGUAACAUUGUUGGAGUGAAUUGUCUAACCAAGCAUUUGACAGAAAAUGUAACAGAUUAGACCAAUUGAAACCUCUUAAAUCUAUUAUGAAUGUACAUUUGGAUGGAGUAAAUUUUCAGUAUUUAAUGAUUCGGUCCAGAUAAUUUUAUGUAAUCUCUGUUUUUUUUGCACGUGCAAGAAAUUGUCCAUGUCUUCUUGUGGCCUUCUUAUGGAGACUCAAGUGCCAUCCAGUGUUUUCUAAGUGUUGAAAAUCAUUUGCUUUGCCAAUAAAUGAAAAAUG